ACAUCCAUGUGAGUGCAGCGCUGAGAGGAAUGGAGGGAGAGUGCUUCGGGCACCAUCCCCUGGAAUCCAAUGGCUUCCUGGUGUAAGAAGUGUGGGCAGCAGGACCCGAGAUACUUACCUUACACCUCAGUGCGGAUAACAGAAGCAGAGAUGAGGGCUUACCACCAUUUCCUAGAAGGCUGCGCUAGGCUAGAGUAUAUGGCCAUAAAAGAUGAAAUUAUGCAGCAGGAAAUCAGGCCCUUGUUGGCAGUGGAUAUAAUUGAACAACUUCACAGACAAUUUGCCAUUCUUUCAGGAGGCCGAGGGAAAGAUGGCGCCCCCAUCAUCACUUUCCCAGAGUUUGUGGGCUUCAAACACAUCUCAGAUGAGGACUUUCUGAAUGUCAUGACCUACCUGACUAGCAUCCCCAGUGUGGAGGCUGCCGGCAUCGGGUUCGUCAUUGUUAUCGACAGACGAAGGGACAAGUGGAGCUCCAUAAAAGCAUCCUUGACACGAAUAGCUGUAGCAUUUCCUGGAAACUUGCAGCUCAUAUUCAUCCUUCGUCCAUCUCGCUUUAUCCAGAGGACAAUCACUGACAUUGGAAUUAAAUACUAUCAAGAUGAAUUUAAAAUGAAAGUACCG